AUGUCAGCGCCCUCGACGAGCGAUCGCGUCACCGUGGUGCUCACGACGAGUCCGUGUCGAAUACAUCCCAACACCGCGCUCGUGGAGGAGGUGGUCGGAAGCAUCAGAGCGUGCGGGGGCGACGCGUUGCGUCAAUGUCGAUUGAUUCUCGUCUGCGACGGUUACAAAGUGCGAGCACGGGAUAAAUUUCGCUCGGGCGCGGUCUCGAUCGAGAGCGCGCGGGCGUACUCGGAGUAUCUCGAUCGUUUGUGUUUUUUGUGCGCGCGGAGCGAGGCGAGCGCGCUGUACGGAGGGGAGAUGGUUAUCCUGGAGGAAAGACACGGGUUCGCGCACGCGUUAAAGCGAGGCGUGUUUAGAGUGACGACGCCGUACGUUUUAGUGGCGCAGCACGAUCGCUCGUUCACGAGAAGUGGAAUUCCAGUGAAAGAGGUGCUGGAUAUCAUGGACGGUCAUCCGGAGGUGUCGUACUGCGGGUUUCCCACAUCGACGACGAUUUCGCACGACGCAAAAAUUGUGGGCAAAGUGUUCCAGGAGGGUGGGAAGAAGCUACAGCUCUCGCGAAGGACGUAUCCGGGACAUCAUGGAAUAGAACUCGUACCCCUCGUGCAGUUUUACGACAGCAUGCACGUCGCGAGGACGUCUUGGUACCUUUCUAAGAUAUACGGAAAGGACCGUUUUGUCAACCUCCCGCUCGGCGGUUUCAUAGAGGACACGGUGGGGCAACACAUGGUGGCGGAAAUCCGUGCUCACGGCGCCUCUGCACACGCCCAAUUCGCCACGUUUAUCGUCGAGGACGGCACCGGGGAGACGAUGUGCGGUCACAUCGACGGACACGACCCGAUGAACGACGCGCACUCCCGCGGUUCAGACGUCGUCGGCCGCGCCAAGUUUCGCUUUGUCGCCGACGAAGCCUCAUGGCCCGACGCCGUCCGCGGUCUCGCCGACGCCGUCGUCCGUCUCCAGGGUACCGGUCACUACAGCGAGCGCCGCGAUUACCUCUCUAGCCUCUCCGCGUAG